UUGCCGCUGCCCCCUUCAGAAAUCAUGUCCGACUUUUUUGGGGGCCGGUGGCCCCUUAGGAUGGAUUUCCUAAAUACAUUUGAAAGUUUGCUGAGCUGUGCUAUUUGCUACGACUUUUUCAACAUUGCAGUGAUGAUUCCACAGUGUUCACAUAACUAUUGUUCUUUCUGUAUAAGGAAAUUUCUUUCCUUUAAAACCCAGUGUCCCAUCUGUUUUGUGGCAGCCACAGAAUUUGACCUGAAAAAUAACCACGUUUUGGAUGAAAUGGUAGCUGCUUUUACUUCUGCAAGGGAUGAUAUGUUGCAACUUGCCGGUGUGCCAGAAUAUCUUGUAUCAGCCUUUGCGGAGCAACUGAGGGAAAGGGAGAUUGUUAACCGAUCCAUUCAACAAGGAUCCAUGGAUGAAGAACGUGGCCAAGAAGAGGAUUCCCAUCCACGAAACUCACCGGAAGUGUUCAAAAAAAAGGCCAAAGGAGGCAAAAGCCGCCAUGUGGGAAAGGAGCCCACCAGUUCUGCGGAAACCUAUAAAGUAGGGAGGGAAACGGAGGAAGCCCCAGGUCCCAGUUGGGCUAACGAUUCUGACAAACCAUCCACUUCUACAGCCAAAAUCAACACCAAAGUGAAUUGCCCAGUUUGCCAGGUUUGUGUGCCAGAAAUGUACAUGCGCUAUCACAUAGAUAGAUGUAUGUCAAAGGAUGGCAAAAAUAAAAGAUUCAGAAGUCCUUUUCAGAAAAGGAAGACAUUGUCCACAGUCUUAUACUACUUGCUCAGUGAUCAGGAAUUGAAGGGAAAGCUGAAGGAAUAUGGACUGUCAACUCGUGGAAGUAGAGAUCAACAAAUUAAAAGACAUAAGGAAUUUGUGCUCAUGUACAAUGCCCAAUGUGAUGCUCUACAUCCCAAAACAGCUGAAGAAAUCAUUAAAGAACUGGAAAACAGUGAACUGGCUCAAGAAGAAUUUGAUAUGAAAAAUUCCAGUGAAAAUACAACGGAAUUUACAAAUGAUCAGUCUGAAGAAGAAAUAGAUGGCGUUCAAAUUAAAUAUAAAGAAGAAGACAGUGAAAUGCCAGAUGGAGACUGGACCAGUUCUAAAAACCACCUGGCCAAAAUAGAGGCAGAACGUGUCCCCUGCACUUCACCCGAAAUGCCUGCCAUGACCUACCCAUUAAAUUCAAGAAGUAGCUUGGCUUCAGAAUCUUUAAAUAAUGAAAAAGAGAAGAAAGAUUUUGAUGAGUCCAGUUGCGCCAGUACAGUACACUCAAAUGAUCAAGAACUGAAGGAAGGGACUUAUGAAUUAUCCAGUUGCUCAAGUUCUGAAUCCUUCAAUGAAGAAGAGAAGGAAGAUUUUGUUGAAGAGUCUAUUCAGAAAAUCCUUCAAGAAAUUAGGAUGCAAAAACUAAGAUCCCGUCGCCGCAGACAUUCUGUAUUUGACAAGAUGAACUUCAAGGUGAAGCGCUGCAAGAAAGAGUGAAACAUUCUGUGAGUGUGAUGACUAGACUGUGGUGAUGUUCCUCACCAUUAGGAUUUCAUAGUCAUCCAUCAUCCUGGCUGCCUGGGGCCUCCAAAUUCUAAAAUGAAACUCAACUUUUCCUAUUCAUGUUUCUCUUUUCAAACUGUAGUAGAAACAGUGUUUAGUAGCGUUUAGUCUAGCUUUCAAAUUGCACUAGAAACACCAAGUUUAGUAGAGCUUAAUCCAGUUUUAUAAACAGUAGUUCGUUUUGAAAAUCCCACCUCUAGCCACCCUUCCUCCUGUGUUUUGAGGGAUUUCUGAAAUUGACAAGGUAGUUUUCAGAAACAAGCCUGCAGAAGAAAGAGCGAAGCAUUUUGGGAGUGUGGUGAAUAGUCUAGGGUGAUGCUCAUCGCUGUUAGCACUUCAUAGUCAUCCAUUAUCCUGACUGCGUAAAUUCUAAAAUGAAAUUCUACUUUUCCUAUUCAUGUUUCUCUUUUCAAAUUGCACUAGAAAUAGUAAGCUUAGCAGAAUUUAGUCCAGUUUUAAAAACAAUAGUACAUUUUGAUAAUUCCACCUUUGGCCACUCUCCCUCCUCUGUUUGAUGGAGGCCUGACAGGUGCAGGUGGAUUAUUUGAGGGUUUCUUAAUUUGACCAAGUAGUUUUCAGAAAAAAAGCAUUCUGGGAGUGUGAUGAGUAGACUAGGGUGAUGCUUGUCACCAUCAAGAUUUCAUAGUCAUGUAUUAACCUGACUGCCAGAGGUCUGUAAAUUCUAAAAUCAAACAACUUUUCCUAUUCAUGUUUCUGUUUUCAAAUUGCACUAGAAACACUAAUCUUAGCAUAGUUUAGUCCAGUUUUUAUAAAAAAAACAGUACAUUUUUAUAAACCUACCUCUGUCCACCCUCCCUCCUGUGUGAGGGAGGCUGGCAGGUGCAGGUGGAUUAUUUGGGGGAUUCUUAAUUGCAAUGAGUUCUCUGUUCCAGGGGAUUCAGGGUUUGUGGGGACCAGAAUGGAUCCACGCAAGCAGCUCUGCUGCCCUACUCCCUGUCACCCAUGUGCAAAGAGUAGAAGGAGCAUGAAGGGCAUGGGAAGUCGAGGCUUGACAAAUUUCCUCUCCCUGAAGGUGUGGCUCCCUCCAGAGAAGUAAUUAUUUGCAAGCCUAUGGUAAUUAAUUUACUGUGUGCAGAGCACUGGAGUAAGCACUUAGGUGAGGAUGGUAUACCAGAGUUGGUAGACAUGGUCCCUGCCCAGUUUGGUAGCAUUUGCAUCGUUCUAAACUUGCUUACCAACCGUAGGUAUCAUUUAGUGUUUAGGUGGCAGCACCAUAAGGCUUAGCUUUGCAUUAAUAUCAGUGUGGGUGUUCUGCACCUGUGUUUUGGCUAUAUUUAAUAUGAGCUUUAAAAGAUA